CUCUCUCUAUCUCUCACUCUCUCUCUCUAAAAAUAAUAAAUAUUAAAAGAUUUCUUUGUAAUCUUUUGGGCGUGUGAAUCCUUUGGCGAACCAGCAAAGUCUUCUCUUGCACACCUUUCAAUCUCACAUCCUGUAUAUGGAGAUUUCAAGAUUCUAGGGUUUGACAGCACACACAACUCGAACUAAAAGGUGUCUUGGUUCUGGGAACUAGGGUUUUCAUUUUGGUUGGGUGAAAUGGAGGAAGUUGAAGCAGCUAACAGAGCAGCUGUAGAAUGUAGCCAUAGAGUUCUUAGACUGUUAUCUCAGCCCCAAGAUCAGACUCAGUUUAGAAAUUUAAUGGUAGAAGCAGGGGAGGCUGUGUUUAGGUUCAAGAGAGUUGUUUCUCUUCUUAAUACUGGAUUAGGUCAUGCAAGAGUAAGAAAGAUCAACAAAAUUCAAACCCCAUUACCAAAUCAACCAAAAUCUCUUCAGCUUCUUCAGAGUAAUUUCCAUGAAAAUCCAACUCAAGAAAUGGGUUCACAUGUUAAAAGUUCUGUGGGAAACCCAUCGUUGGACUUGAAUUCAAAUGAGAAAAGCCCUCCUCAAGUUGCUCAACAAACACCGCAGACAAACUGCCACCAUUUCUUCCAACAACAACAAAGGAUCAUGCUUCAGCAGCAAGCGGAAAUGAUGUAUCGUCGGAGUAAUAGCGGUAUUAAUCUGAAUUUUGAUAGCUCCACUUGUACGCCAACCAUGUCAUCCACUAGGUCUUUUAUCUCUUCAUUGAGUAUGGAUGGGAGUGUUGCUAAUUUGGAUGGGAAUGCCUUCAAUUUAAUUGGGGCGGCCGGCUCUUCCGGUCAGAAUUCUCACCAACACAAGCGAAGGUGCUUGGGAAAGGGAGAUGAUGGGAGCACAAAAUGCGGGAGCAGUGGUAGAUGCCACUGCUCAAAGAAGAGGAAGCAUAGGGUAAAGAGAUCAAUCAAGGUGCCUGCUAUCAGUAACAAGCUUGCAGAUAUCCCUCCCGAUGAUUAUUCGUGGAGGAAGUAUGGACAGAAGCCAAUUAAGGGUUCUCCUCACCCAAGGGGAUACUAUAAGUGUAGCAGCAUGCGAGGUUGCCCGGCAAGGAAGCACGUGGAAAGGUGCUUGGAAGACCCUUCGAUGCUUAUUGUAACUUAUGAAGCAGAGCAUAAUCACCCAAGGUUAUCACAAUCGCUGAACACAUGAAACCUAAUGGAUAGCCUCGUCAGGAUUGCUUAAUGCCUCCCAUGUUCAAUCCAUCAGCACUCAAUUUAUGAUUAGCUCGAAUCGCUCCUGUACAUAUUUUUGCAUGAUUUAAGCUCGAGAUGUAUAUGGAGCAAAUUUCUGGGCCUUCUGGGGAUGCAAGGAAAAUAGAUAUGAAGCCCAGUGUCAAACAGAAGUGUUCUGUAGAAUUGGAGUUUUUUGGUUGUAAGAUCAAUUUCGUCAUUUAUGACUCUCGCCAACAGUUUAGAGUCUUUUGCAUGAAUGCAUUACUUUCGUUUUGGAAAUUUUUGUUUUUAUUGAUAAUAUAUCCUAGUUUUUUUU